UGCGGCGCGGGGCCGGGCUCGCGCCGCCGCCAGGGCGCAGAGCGCUCCCGCAGCCCGCGCAGCCUCCGCAGCCGCGCUCCGCCGCCGGCAUGGGGCUGCUGUCGCAGGGCUCGCCGCUCAGCUGGGAGGAGACGCGGCGGUACGCGGAGCACGUGCGGAAGCACGGCAUCCUCCAGUUCCUGCACAUCUACCGCGCCCUGCGCGACCGCCACAAGGACGUCCUCAAGUGGGGCGACGAGGUGGAAUAUAUGUUGGUAAAAUUUGACCAUGAGAAUAAGAAAGUGCGCUUGGUGCUCUGUGGUGAAGAAGUUCUUCAAACCCUGCAAGACAAGGGGGAGAAGGUAAACCCCAACCACCCAACACUCUGGCGACCAGAAUAUGGAAACUAUAUGAUUGAAGGGACACCUGGGCAGCCGUAUGGUGGAACCAUGUCUGAAUUCAACACUGUGCAAGACAACAUGAGGAAAAGAAGGCAAGAGGCCGCCUCUGUGCUCAAAGAAAAUGAGGCUGUUUGCACUGUGACAUCAUUUCCAAGGUUAGGGUGUCCUGGGUUUACGCUGCCAGAAUAUAAGCCAACGCCUGUAGAAGGAGGAGCUUCAAAAUCCCUCUUUUUUCCAGAUGAAGCAAUCAAUACACAUCCUAGAUUUAGUACACUGACCAGAAACAUUCGGCACCGAAGAGGAGAGAAGGUUGUGAUAAAUGUACCAAUAUUUAAAGAUAAGAACACGCCAUCACCAUUUAUUGAAACGUUUCCUAAUGAUGAUGGAGAAGCAGCAAAGGCGGCUAAGCCAGACCAUAUAUACAUGGAUGCUAUGGGUUUUGGAAUGGGAAACUGUUGUCUUCAGGUAACAUUCCAGGCUUGCAGCAUUUCUGAGGCAAGGUAUCUCUAUGAUCAGCUAGCCACAAUCUGUCCCAUUGUGAUGGCAUUGAGUGCUGCAUCUCCAUUCUACAGAGGCUACGUGUCAGAUAUUGACUGUCGCUGGGGAGUAAUCUCUGCAUCUGUAGAUGAUCGAACGCGAGAAGAGAGGGGGCUGGAGCCACUGAAGAACAACCAUUAUAGAAUCAGUAAAUCCAGAUAUGAUUCCAUAGACAGUUAUCUAUCUGAAUGUGGUGAGAAAUACAAUGACAUUGAUUUGACAAUAGACAAAGAUAUCUACGAGCACCUAAUAAAGGAAGGUAUUGACCACCUUUUGGCACAGCAUAUUGCACACUUGUUCAUUCGAGAUCCAUUGACUUUGUUUGAGGAGAAAAUACAUCUAGAUGAUGCAAAUGAAUCCGACCAUUUUGAGAAUAUUCAGUCUACAAACUGGCAGACAAUGAGGUUUAAGCCACCUCCUCCAAAUUCAGAUAUUGGGUGGAGAGUUGAAUUCAGACCUAUGGAGGUCCAGUUAACAGACUUUGAAAACUCUGCAUAUGUUGUCUUCGUGGUAUUGCUAACCAGAGUGAUUCUGUCAUACAAGCUGGAUUUUCUCAUUCCUUUGUCCAAGGUGGAUGAAAACAUGAAGGUGGCCCAGAAAAGAGAUGCUGUCCGGCAGGGCAUGUUCUACUUCAGAAAAGAUAUUUGCAAAGGUGGAAAUACUGUUGUGGAUGGAUGUGGCUCUGCACAGAAUGGGACAGGCACUGAUGCAGAAGAGUACGCCUUAAUGAGCAUUGAUACCAUUAUCAACGGGAAGGAAGGAGUCUUUCCUGGUUUGAUCCCAAUUUUGAAUUCCUAUCUUGAAAACAUGGAAGUGGAUGUGGACACAAGGUGCACCAUCCUAAACUACCUGAAGCUAAUAAAAAAGAGAGCAUCUGGAGAAUUAAUGACAGUUGCUCGAUGGAUGAGGGAAUUUAUCGCACAGCAUCCAGACUACAAGCAAGACAGUGUGAUUACUGAUGAAAUUAAUUAUAGCCUUAUUUGGAAAUGUAACCAAAUCGCACAAGGCCAGGCAGAGUGUCCUGAACUAUUGGGGGUAGGAUUUAAUAAGAAACAAAGUGGAAACAAAACUGGCUCUUUGUAAUGAAUGAAUGUUUCUUAACUAACUGAAAGCUUAAGCCUUUUAGCAAAGCACUAGCAAAGAUACUGUGAAUCUGGUACAGUUUCAUGGUGUGAAGACCAAAACAGGGAUACUGCACUAUAAAAUGGGCCAAUCUGCCUAAAUAUUCGUUUAAGGCAUCCUAAAAUGGGCAUAUUCUUAUUGUUAAGGUUUAUACAAUGUACAUGUAAAUAGUAAAAUAUUUUUGAUUAACAUCAAUGUAUUUUAAUAACAUUGUAUCUAAAGUUAUUGUGAAUUAGCUUGUAACUUUUUUAUGCUUAUACUAGAAAGAAAAAUUGUCCUGAACAGCUUUGUAAAUGUAAUGGUACUUGUAUAUUACAUGCAUUCCAGUUACUGAAUGUUUACUGUAAUUUUUUUUUAACCUGGAAUGUGCUUAGUAAUCUACCUUGUUGUGGAAGAAAAACAAAAGAAUCUUCUGGACCUUUCUGAAUCACAGAUACUUCUUCCUUCCAUUUGGGUUUCAAAAGUAUGUAAGAACCUAUAAAUGCAUGUGCACUCUAUUUGUUAAGCUCUGCAGCAGUUCCUCAGUUGCCACAUCACCUGCAUCCUCUAUAAGCUGUAAAAUUCGGAUAACACAAGUCUGUCUGCAUAUACAUCAUUAUUUUCUUUCCCCUCUGAAGUAAAUUUCUACACUAUAACAGUUCAGAAAUUUGCCCAGUCAUUUAACAGAAAAGCAGUAAAGGGGGAGACAAAGUGAAAAAGUAGAGGAAACGAGAGCUGAUUAUAAAGCUCUCUUUACAAAGGAACCACAGAGACCUGCUCUGGACUUCAGCAGCACCCUUUAACUGCACUUCUCCCACAUUGCUGCUGUUCCCACAGUUAACAAUGACUGCAGCACAAAACCAAGGACUUUGCCAUACUUCCUAAAGGUUGAGUUUCUCAUUUAUCAUUCAAUAUUUUAAAUAUUUGUGUCAGCAUGUUUAUUUUCUAUAAGGUACUUUAUCUAGAUAGCUGAGGUACCUACAUAGCUGUAGGUAUGGACAACUUAAUCCCCUCUAAAAAAAUAGUUCUAAAGAAAUCAUGGAAUGCACUAAUCCUUUGAAUUGGGAGCCAGUGCUGGCAGUUACUGUAAAGUAUUUAAAAUUAGCCAUUGCAACUGUAAAUAAAGCAAACUUAAGGGGCCUUUUUAUUUAGCUUCUUAACUGACUUCUAGAAGUGAACUGCAUUAUGGGUAGAUUACACAAAGCUUAAUGCAAGCAUAUCCAGACACCUGAGGUGUCAGGAUUUUUAUUUUUUUUUUUAAAGAACUAAUGGAGAAACCACAAUGAAGAGGUGCACUAAGAAGAAGCUUUAGAUUUGUUCUGUGUUCACAGGUGUGCUUUAGAGAAUAAAAAGAAUGCUUUUUUUCUGCAGUGGUGAAUUUGUUUUCAUCAAGAUGUAGGCAUAUGCUAAUUUAGUUUCUGUAAUAUGGAAAUAAAAAUAAAAUUUGCAGUA